AUGCAUUCGUUGAAGACGGCUGGAUGUUGUACCUUUGUGUCGGAGAUUUCUGGAGUAGUACCUGGACAGACCUGGCUGUGGGCAGAUGACGAGGAGACGGUCGCAGCAUUUGAUGAUGCAGCCUGCGCUCUGCUCAAGAGGCUUCCGAGCAAACUGCGGAAUCAAUUGAUGCUUUACACAGCCUCUUUGACCAUCAUUCCUCAUAGCGUGCAUGAGGAUGCCUCAAAAUGGCACGUGGACUGGUACGGCAUUCCAGAUGCUUUGUCCUGGACAAUGUUGGUUCCUUUAUGGCCUCGGGAUGACGAUGAUUGGCGAGCGUUGGGUGGGACGCAGCUGUGCCUAAAGGAGCACGCGCUACCGCGGGCCGACUCAGUGGCACCCUCCAUAGCUGCAGUGGCAGCGCUGGUUGCCAAAGAGGCAGCCGAACAAAAUCCCAACGAAUGCCCUGAACACUGGGCCUCCGCAGAUUUCUCUGUGGUUGAGCACAGUUACCAACGUGGCGAAUGCCUCUUGUUCGAAGGUCACGUGCUGCAUCGGACGGGUCCAUAUGAGGCCGAGAAUCCUGCAACGAGGGUGUUGGCCUCUCUUAUGGUUGGACCGCGUGAUCCAAGACACUGGCCUGAAGUUUCUAGGAGUCUCUGCAAGCAGGGAGCCUGUUUCGUUCGGAAGCCAUGCAAAAGCGAGUGGUCCGCUGCAAGCCGAGAAAGAAAUGGCAGCAGUGAGAAGCGAGUGACUCUGCACCCAGCUGCGCAAGGAUUUGUUUUGGCUCUAAAUCUGAGCCGACCCUGUUCUCUCGCAUGGAGCAACCUGAGUUUACAGCCCUUUUGCGGGCCGGAACUCUUGGUGCCGCGUCUCUCUGUGCCAGAUGAGUGGAAGCUUGAGUCGGACAGCGAUGAUGAAGUUUUUGUUUGGUCCGAGACAGACAAGAUAAUGCGGGUUCUUCGGAACCGCAGGAGAUGUCGCAAACAUCCAGUGUGCUGGCUUUUCGUCAUUGCGCUUGCAGUGAUCCUGGGCCCUUUGGUCGUCGCUCUGCGGGACAGCAGCAUGCCAAAGGGAACAGCCAACUGGAUAUCAGACAGACUAUCCAAGCCAUUUGGGAAGCCCACAGACCCUGUGGCAGACACGUCUCUGGCAUUGCUCAUCGGCUUCUCGAAGCAACAGGUGGUGCAGUCCUCGGUUCUCGUUGACAUUGCUUUUGGUUUGGUCUUGUCCGGCACCCUUACUGCCACCGUGCUCGCGACACUGGAGCCGGAUGCGCAGAGUGUCCCAAGAGACUUUCUACAGAAAGCAACAUUGUCCAACAUGACGCAAGACAUGACGCAGCCGCAAGGUCGCUUGUGGAGCACAGCUUUAGGGCUCGCCUCGGUCUUAAGUGUGAUAUCGAUGUACACCUUCUGGCUCUAUCGUAGUUGGGCUCCCUAUGUUGACAAUGAUAACCCCAUCCACUCGAUCGUUCUGGAGACGGCGCUCGAACGUCGCUUACGCAUUGCCUGGGCUCUGGUUCCUCAAGUUGGAUUUGUUCUUGCUGCAAUGGUGCCCAGCCUUUCAGACGUGGCCGGCUACGAAGUAGUUCUCACCGCCGUGCACAAUGUCUCUGCUCCUUUUGCCAUGCUGUUCUUGAUGAUCAUGGAGACCAUCCAACUCGGCUUUGGAGAGAAUGCCUUCCAGUAUUUCUUCACCGACGAGGCCACUCCAGUACAUGGCCCGCUCACAAAGUAUCAGCGGAUGCGUGUGUGCUUGCUCAUUGAAGCCUGGAUUGCUGGCUUGAUCUUUAUCGGAGUGCACUCGCGAUCGGCACUCGUGGAGACUGCAGCUGUUCUACCAUUGAUCUACCAGUCCAGGAUAAAUUCAACUAUUGCACAGCUGUCGCACCAGCUCGCCGAACAGGUGGCCAACGGAUUAGAUGAAGCGGGCAAGACUAGACACAGGCAGGGAGGUGGGGAACUAGGUCUGCGCCGCUGUGCUGUUGUCGAAUCUCUUUCCGGCUUUGCUGAGGUCCCUUCGAAAGCGAAGAACGCCAGGACCAAAGAUUUCACCGAAGUGUCCGGCAGGAAAGUUCGGAAAGGCUCAGUCGCGACAAUGCCCUUGGAUGUGGCUAGACAUGCCGUGCAGGCAGCGAUUUCCAGCAAACGCCCGCAUCCUGGACUUGUGGAGGCUUUCCGUGCAGCUGCAUCACCUCCGAGCGGCUUUUUCCGCGGACUUGUUCCGGCGCUCAUUUGCUCUGCAGCCGGACCUGCAGCGUUUCUGUUGGGUUACGAGGUGCAGCGAGGUUCAAAGGAGGUCCUGGAAGCGGGACUAGUGGCCAAGGCUGUCCAAGUCGCAGUCGUUCAGCCAUUCGACUUUUUCCGAACGUCUUGGCAGGCGGCAUUGUUGCUGCCAGAGACGAAGUCUUCGCAUUUGUUACGCGGCCCAUGGGAGGUGAUCACCACGGACGGCCCUCGGUCACUCUGGCGAGGCCUCAUUCCAACACUCUUGCGGGACGUCCUUGCCGCGGGAACCUUCUGGUCCAGCUACAUGUACCUCAACCAGGUAAUGCUGAACGACAGCUCCCUGGAGGAGGUUCUGUUGGAUCCAGUGACGCUCCCCUGCUGCGGAGAGUCCUUCUGCAAGACGUGCCUGCAGCAAUGGACAGUUGUUAAGCUGGAUGAUGGAGCUGAACAUGCCAGCGAACUGGCUGAGCGCCGCAGGGAUAUCAGGGACCAAGAGCUUGAAGAACGCAUUGCGGGCGGCUUUGGUCUUUGGCAAGAAGUGGCAGCAUCCCGAGACCUUUUCGUUGGAGAGAACCUCGCUGUGGCCUUUGGAACAAGCGGUGUUGUUCUCGGGAGACACGAGGAGGGCCGGGUCAAGGUGAAGUUCGACCUCUUUCUGUGGGGCAUUAGUGGCGUCUUCAACGUAAGUCCGGACGAGAUUUUGCCGCAACUGCCUAGCACGUUCGGCGUGAGUAUCGGGCAACGCGUUCUUGCCUCCCAAGAUCUGAUUGUUGCCUCUUCCGUGAGGGUUCCAUUUGCAACGUUGGGUACCGUCGUGGGUCCAUCCAGCUCGCCAGACAGGAUCACAGUAUGUUUCGACACGGUUACCGAUGGUCAGAACAGACUGGACGUGCAAGCCUUCGAGAUUCUGCCAAACAUGGAGCUGAUAGGUGGAUUCAGAGUGGCCCAGCGUGUGACAGCUGUGGAAAACAUCUUGUUGGAGGGUGUCGUCUUGGUUCCACCGGGCGCUGUCGGGACCGUAUUGUCCCAGUAUAGCGACACACGCCUCACGGUUAUGUUCGAGGGAAGGCUGGACGGCCGCUCGGAGGAGUUUGAUGCAGCAGCCAUGCGGCAGCGAGCCGUGCAGUCUGCCUUCGUCAGCUCUGUUUGCGCGAUGGGCGCUGCCAUUGUCACGCAGCCUCUGGAUAUGGUGAAGACGAAGAUGCAGAUCCACCGGAUGAUGACCUCUCGGGAUGAUGGCUUCAGGAGGGUUAAGGUUGCUCGUUUCGCUGCAACUCUCCGAGAGACGUAUCAGGCGACAGGCUGGCGAGGCCUCUGGGCAGGUGGCUCCCUGCGGCUCGCCUGCGGGGCGGUCGCCGGCCUGCUCCUGGGCCCGGCCUUGGAGUACGCACAGCUCCUCAGCCACGAUGCUGCAAGGCCUCUGAGGAGGCAGCUGGAUCUUGGCGAGGACCCGGGCAGAACUAUAGUCCAUCCUCGGUCAUCGAAGGCGAUGUUUAUCGACGUGAAGCUCUAG